AUGCAGUUAGCUGAGGAACUAAAACAAAAAGGAAACGCGUGUUUUGCGAGUGGUGACGUGGAUGGAGCAGUGGCCGCUUAUCAGCACGCAAUCAAUUGCCUGACAAACGACGCAAUACCCGACGAUAGAAGCGGUGAGCAGUUGGACACCACUUCUGAGGUUGGGAGGAUGUUGGCUGUUCUGUAUUCAAACUUGAGUAAUGCCUACCUUUCGCAACACGAUUAUACCGGAAGCUGGGAGACUGCUGAAGAGGCGACGCGUUACGACCCUAUUUUUGUGAAAGCAUGGGUACGUUACAUUCAUGCACGGCGCCUGGACGGUUAUCCCUUUGAGGCCUUUGUCGCCCUGCUACGGCACCUGCGGCCCUUGUUGCGGAGGGAGGCAGCCACAUCUGGUGGUAAAACAAGUGAGGAUGUGGAGGCCAGUCUUAGCCUACCGUUGUACGAAGUCUUGGGUCUCUCCGGUGUGUUGCCACAUAUUGAACUUCAUGAUUUUGAAAAUGGCAUAGGAAUUGUUGCUCUUCAACCAAUAAAACCUAAUGAGGUGAUUUUGGUGGAGAAACGAUUCGAAACGUCGUUCGCGGAGGUUCAGCUAAAUUUUCGGAAAAAUUUGACAACAACUAGGAUUGUGUCAAGUUUUGCUCAAAAGGUUUUUGCACAUCAACAGCGGUGCUCAGAGGAGUGGAAGCGCUUCAAGAAAGAAUUCAAAGGCUGCUGGCCGCGCUCCCCCGAGGAUGUGCCUGACGACGUGCGGCGGGAGAUUAGCGGUACACUACGGCCAGAGCUGCCACCGAUGGAAGACAGGGACUUUGAGGAAUUGUUCCUCGCAUCCACCAUGUGCCGCUACAACUGCUUCCACACUGGUUUUUUCCGUGCUUGUGCGCUGGCCAACCACAGUUGCAUGGCGAACGCGGCAAUGAAGUUGAACUCAAGAGGUGACUCGGUGACGCUUAUUGCUGUCCGCCCCAUCGCUGCCGGCGAGUUCAUCAAUGUGAAGUACCUUAGCGAUGCACAGUUUCUUAUGGGAGUGGGAAAACGCAGGGAGUACCUUCGUUCGUGGCUCUUUUGGUGUGACUGUAGUCGAUGCCUUAGCGACAGAAACGGCUCAUCUGUCAGUGAGCAUGUGCAGUGCGGCCACUGUUACCGGUACACUUGCGUGCCACUGCGCGGAGAUGGGGCGGAGAGUAAAGAAGUUGACCCACUUCUCUCCCAAGUUGUGCCAUGUUCUCAUUGUGGCUUGGACUGCUCAUGGUCACCCGAAUCAUGUGACGGUGUGGAGAGGAUAAUAGAUUCGUUGAAGGAAGCGACAUCUUGUCCAUCGUAUUAUGAACUUCAGAAGUGGUUUCUGGUUAAUGUUCGAAAAGUGAAGGAGCUUCGCGUGCACCCGGAGCACUGGCUGUACCGCAUGCUGCUCUACUACUUUUGUUUUGUUGUUACUCCUUACAUAGAUGAUGCGUUCGUGGGUUACCAAAGGGUUGGGUGGGGGGCGCCUAAUGUUGGCAUGUUGUUGCUCAACUUCGGGUUCUGCUCUGAAUAUAGUCUGCCCAGUGAAGGCGAUUGUGGGACUGUGAGGUGCAAUGAUCCUAACACCGGUAAUGUAACCAACAAUGGCUCUCAUGACACCGAUUCUAUCAUGGAUGGAAAGGUACUUGGCGAUACGCUAUACAUUCUUUGCUUACUGUGGCGGUUGAUUGAACCGUUUUACCCACCAUAUGAAGGAUGGGCGGUGCAUCGCGCAAUAUGUUACAUGGUGCUCUUUGCACACACCCAUCCAAAAGGAGAAAUGGUCUUACCUGGGUCCCUGACACUGCAGCUACUUAGCAAACAUGGAAAAUACAUUGGAAGAAAUGAAUUAUCUACGUGGGUUGCUGCGUAUAGUCGUCACAAGCUACCAGACAGCCAAAAGGGGAUACUAAGCGUUAGGCAAAUUAAAAAGGCAGUCGAGAAGGUGUAA